AGCGGUCUAAAAGAUUAGUUCACCUGCUCUGCCUUAAAAGAGCCUCCCUUGGUUUCUAUAUAAUACCCAAUUCCACAGUCGGAUUUUGUGGCAUCCAUAACCAAAACCCAAAAAAAGAAAAGGGAAGAAGAGAAAAGGAAUGGCUUCUAGGUACUCUUUGUCUUCUUCCUCUGUGGUCAUUUUCAUAUUAGGGUUUCUUGUGAUUUUCUCAGGGAGCUCCUCAGCGCAACUCUCUACUAACUUUUACUCUAAAAGUUGCCCAAAGCUUUUCAGUACAGUGAGAUCCGUUGUUCAAGGAGCGGUGUCUAAAGAGCGGCGAAUGGGUGCUUCUCUCGUUCGCCUCUUCUUUCAUGACUGUUUUGUCAAUGGUUGUGAUGGGUCUAUUCUCCUAGAAGACACUUCCUCUUUCAGAGGAGAGCAGACAGCGGGUCCAAAUAACCAUUCUGUUAGAGGAUUCAAUGUUAUCAACAAUAUAAAAGCCAAGGUAGAGCGAGCUUGCCCAGGCAGAGUUUCCUGUGCUGAUAUAUUAGCCAUUGCUGCUCGCGACUCUACUGUUAUUCUUGGUGGACCAAAUUGGAAUGUAAAACUUGGAAGGAGGGAUUCAAAGACAGCCAGCUUUGCUGCUGCCAAUAGUGGUAUCAUUCCUCCUCCUACCUCUACCCUCGGCAACCUCAUCAAUCGGUUUCAAGCCAAAGGUCUCUCUGCUAGGGACAUGGUUGCUUUAUCUGGAUCUCACACAAUUGGGCAAGCAAGGUGUGUAAUAUUCAGAAAUAGAGUGUACAAUGAGAGCAAGAUUGAUUCUUCAUUUGCAAGCACUAGACAGAAGAACUGCCCAAGGGCUACAGGAUCAGGAGACAAUAAUUUAGCACCUCUUGAUGUCCAAACUCCUACUGCUUUUGACAACAAUUAUUACAAGAACCUUAUUAACCAAAAGGGUCUUCUCCAUUCUGAUCAAGUCCUCUUUAAUGGUGGAUCUACAGAUUCUUUGGUUAGAACCUACAGCAGUAACCCAAAAACCUUCAACUCUGAUUUUGUUGCUGCCAUGAUUAAGAUGGGAGAUAUUGAUCCUCUCACUGGAUCCAGUGGUGAAAUCAGGACGAAAUGUAACAGGGUCAACUAAUAAGUGGGAAAAAGUUCUCCUAAAAGAUUUGGCAUUUUAAGUGUGCAUAAAUUAUGUUUGGGUUGUUGAAUAAAGGAGAGACUUGUUCCAUACUUUGAUCAUCUACGGAAAUGAUGUAAUCUUCUUACAUUAAGUUUUUCUCUUUUUGGCAAAAUCCAUUAUUACAUCUCCCAA